AUGCAGCAAAAUAGUAACUGCGCCAUUUGCAGUUAUCCGUUGGCGCGCGGCAAUUGCAGGAUCGUGGGGAAGAAGGGAAUUAGUACACUGAUCACACAGAGCAAACGCGUGGAAGACAAAAAAUGGUUGGAUUGGGAAAAAAAGGAAAAACUGGACUGCCAUGAGAAGUGUAGACUUUCAUACUCGGUCAGUGGAACGUAUACUCAGUUUGCGUUGAAUGCACCAAAUAACAAUGUCGUAGCUGCAAGGGAUGAGGUUCCUGAUUUCCAUUACACGGAUAAUUGCUUCAUUUGUGGUUUGAGUAUAAUAAAAGAUGCGAAAACAAAAAUCUGUACAGUCACACAAAAAGAGACGCGUGAUAAUUUGAUUGCAAUGGGAAAGGAAAGAAAUGACUCUUUGGGAAUUAGCGUUGUUGAAAGAUUAGAGAACAUUUCUUGCUUAAUUCGCGUACAAGGCAGAUACCACCGGACAUGCAUGUCUCAUUUCAAUGCGUAUGGUUUUAAAAAAAUAUCGAUGAUCUAA